AUGUACGCUGUGUGCGCACAUGCGUUCGCGUGCGUGCUGUCUGCUGUGGAGGCUGAGUUUGAUGCGCAGCUGGCCGCCAGGAAGGAGUCCGUGGCGGCCCACGAAGAGCCGCGCCUCAGGACGGCCAGGUACCUGGCCGAGCUCUCCAAGUUCCGCCUGGCUGCCCCCUCCUCCGCCCUGCUGCGCCUGAAGCUGCUGCUCGACGACUUCAACGGCUCAAACAUAGACGCGGCCUGCGCGCUGGUGGAGGGCGCGGGGCGCUUCUUCAUGCGCCUGCCGGAGUCCAAGGUGCGGAUGGAGAACCUGCUGGCGGUGAUGAUGCGGCUGCGCAACGCCCGCAACCUCGACAGCCGCCACGCGGCGGCGGUGGACGCGGCCUACUUUGCCUGCAGGCCGCCUGACGCCGCGGCGCGGCGGCGGCGGCGGCCGCCGCUUCAGGAGUAUAUCCGGCACCUGAUAUUCGAGAGGCUGGGGCAGGGCGCCAUUGUUGAUGUGCUGCGCAAGCUGAUGAAGCUGCCCUGGGCCGACUGCGAGAGAUACGUGCUCAAGUGCAUGCUCAAGGUGGUGCGUGUGAGGUUCAGCCACAUCAGCCUCAUAGCGAGCCUGGCGGGGGGCCUCGCGCAGUACCAUGAGUCAUUGGGGGUGGCCCUGGUGGACUGCGUCCUGGAUGAUGUCAGAUGGGGCCUGGACAACCCCGCGGCGGGCAACUACCAGAAGCGUCUCGCCGAGAUGCGGCUUCUGGGGGAGAUGUACAACUACAUGCUCAUGGACUCAAAGUGA